CAAAGCAGUCGCUCAUAUAUUUGCAUAUGUAUGCUGUACCGAUGGUAAGUAAACUCCCAGAAGUAGCUUGAAGUGCAGCAUCACAAGUGGUGCUAAAGGAGAGAUAUUUCGAACACUAUGUUAAACCCUCAUGUAUACGUCUUUACCAUUCUUAUUGAACAUAGAAAUGCUGACAGAUCAUCAACAGCAACUGAGGUCCCUUCGUCCCGUGUUACAAGGUUUUAGGGACAGUCGACAUUGGUCAGUAGCUCACACAGUAGUAGAGUGGCUCUCUAAAAUUGAGCACUUACCCAACAAGUCGAACGAACAUCAUCAAAAGCUAAAGACGCUACUCGACCAAGAACUUCCCUCAUGGCGUGCUUGGGCUUGUUGGCAACCCAACGUCGCUCGAAUAAAAAAAUGGGGCAAAUUGAACCUCACUCUACAAGGACAACUCAGAUGUAUUAUCGCUCUGGAUGGUCCAGACUUCGAUUCUAACGGAAAGACACUCGGGAAGUCGUUACCAGACCAUAAGCUGCCUAAAGAUCGUCGGACAAGCUCAAUUCUGACGUUCAAUGGAGAGACUCACGAAGAAUGCCUAUACAUGGCUGAGAAACUACUUCGUCUAGCAGACAAGAGCCUUACAUAUCGUCCAGAGGACAGGGAAAUAUUCUUCCAUUUGAUGACAGGCGUCGAUAUCUUGAGGCGGAAACUGGAUCUAAUAGAGAUUCUGACAAGUGUGGGAUUUGAAACCAUACGUGAUCGAAUAGCUGAGGCGUAUCUCUUACGAGGCGCUUCAAAGCAGACGCAAAUCGAUGCUGUGAAAUGGCUGCUCAAAAAAAUGAAUGCCAACCCGAAGUAUCGUACUCUACGAGACGUAUUUGCCGUCGACUUCGGACCUCUUGUGAAAGACAUGAUUCAAGAAGAACGUAGCCACUUGUUGGCUUUCAUGUUCGUUGCUGAAGCGCUUGGUACCAAUGUCAUGACAUUUGAACAACAACUCGAUCUGCGCUUAGACCUUGUAGAAGCAUCAUGGUUACAGCCGUGCGCAGAGUAUUCCCAUAUGCUAAGAGUUAUGGAUACCUGGCCUCUACCAUAUGAACGUACGAUCCUCCGUGGUAUCUACCUCAGUCUAGAGAUGAGUCCUCGUGCCAGUACCAGUACGUCCACACUUGUCCCAAUGAUUAGCAGUCGUAUCCUUGGAGAACCUGAGACUCCUGACGAUGAUUCGAAAUCCAUGUUGGAAGCAUUGAUGUCCCUCUGGCAGACGUGCAAGGACUCGGCUCGGCGAUCUAUUGCGAUUUGCCUUGUGUCGGAACCAAAGUCUAUCACCAUUAACCUUCGAAUUUUGUGCCUUAACCAGCUCCCAUCGCUCUCGGAUAGCUUUGUGCAAAGCUACUGGCAUAUUGUGUGCGAUGACCUCGAUAAUCGACAGCGGUCUUGCGUUGCGUUCGCAGACCUCUUUGCAUCAGCUUCUCUCAGCGUCGAUAUGACUCACUGGACUACCUUGCUGAGACACGAGAUGGUCGAGGAAGGAGAAGCCUUGCUUCAAUAUACCUUAGAACACUUGACCGUUCAGAGCUGGGUUCUAUACCUCCAGAAUCUGCAUCGGCUGUAUGGAAGCGACUCGAAUUGUACCUUCUCGCCUGGGCCGCCUUCCCCAGUUAUCUUUACGCCGCAACUUCUUUAUUGGGGCAGAAAACUUGUGCCCUACACUGACAUACUUAAUCUGCUUAAAGAAACGCCGGAUUCGAUAGAUGCGCGCCGAUGUCUGUUUCUCGCAGCAGCCGAACAUUUGUACAUACAAGCACGUAUCCAGGAAAUACUCAACGCCCUCAAACCAGCGCGACGUUCAAAGAGUGACAAAACCGACACCGCCACAAGGGUAUCGCUAUUGAAGCGUCUGUCCAAAGAUGGCAGUAAUGCAGCAGAAGUCCGCAAUGCUUUGGUUGGCCUCAACAAUCUAAGUCCUUCUGGAAUCGAAGUCUGUGCUCGCAUCCAGCAUCUAUCAGAAAUCGACCUUUCUCCGCAUGUCCACCAGGUUUUCUUGGAAGCUUGGUUACCCGAUCCUUCACUCCAUGCUGGGGAUAGAGGGAGCUUGAAGACUGUCUUCCUGCAUUCUGCUGAUGGUAAUCUUUCGCGGGACGAAAAAUUUGUGUUGGCUGCCGAUUACUUGGAUUCGGAAUAUGUUGAACUUCUACAUGAGGCAAGACGACUGGCUGCUCUCAGGGCGUCGUUGAAAACUGUUGAUUUGCAAGGAGUCGUUGAGUUGUUGGCGGACAUUGGGAUUGAGGAUGGUCCGCACUCAGAAGAUGUGUUGGCUAGUAUGCCACCGGAAGUCCUGAAUGCAGUCGAGAUUGUUGGUGAGAAGGAGGUUGAGAUUCUGUUUCCGCUCACACACUUCACUCAAAUACAGCGAACGGCUUUGGGGCUUGGUUCCCUGCAGAGUUUCGUGCUGUUGUUGGAGUUGUGUGACCAUAAAACGACCCCUGAUCGAUUCUGCAUCCACCUUGGGCCAGAAUCGAAGGAUAGAACUCUAGGUGGCCUGCUCGAUAACAUAGAUGGCAAAGUCUCCCCAUGGAGUAACACCUGUCGCCUUGGUGGUCUCAAAACGAGCUCAUUAUGCAUGCAGCCCAAUUCCUUCCGCAAUCCCUUCGAAUACAACCUAACAAAAAUGCUCCAACGGCGCCUCCCAGGUUCGAAUCUAGGUCAAGACCUCACCUCGCUCCCAGAGCUCCACGAGAUCAUCACUCACCACUUGAAAAACAUCGGGAGAUAUUGUACAGAAUGUGGCCGGACUUUCUGCACCAACCUCCGCAAACCCACAACGUGCCAGUUGCCAAGAUGCAUUUACCUUUUCGCAAAUAGUGACCCUCAAGUCAAAUUCCCACAUCUCACUGAAGACCAACUGGUAACCGACCUCCUAUUUUCAAGUCUCCACGCCGCAGCUUCAACAAGCAAUAAAGAACUCCUCCCAAAUUAUCCCACCGACCCACCUACUCUCCUCUCACAGCUCAACAAUGUCCCCCCACUAUCCAACAACCCUCCACUCGACACCCAAACAUCCUCCCUCCUAACCUACACCCUAACCUCCCACCGCUCCUACCUCCUAACCGCAACCGGCUCCCUCAAAAUCCCCUCCCUCCCCCCAGGGACCCUCCAAUUCCUCCUCGCAAACAGCACUCCUGAGCGCGAAGCCCUCUUCUCCAACCCCCCGCAAGAAAAACGCAUCCUCUUCCACGGCACGAACCCGGACCGCCUCUGGGCCAUCCUCGUCCAAGGCCUCCGCAUCCUCUCCGGGACCGACCUCCAAACCAACGGCGCCGUGAGCGGGAAGGGCGUUUACCUGAGCGAUUGUCCUAGGGUGGCUUUCGGGUAUUCGACUAAGAUCCUGAAAAUACCGGAUGAGGGGGCGUGGAAAAGGAGCGCGUUGAAGGGGAAGGGGUGGAAGGUUUUGUUGGGGGUUGAGCAUAGGGGGGAGAGUGUGGCGGCUGGAGAGGGCGUUAUUCAUGUUGUGAGGGAGGAGAGGGAUUUGGUGGUUAGGUAUGUGUUUUUGGUUCCGGAGGGGGGCGAGAGGAGUGUGUUGGUUAAGGGGCAUUUGGUGCCUGGGAUGGGGAGUGUUUGUGGGGGGUUGAGGAGUGGUGCUUUGUGAGGGACAAUUGCAUUGUCCGUAAGGUGAAGAAAUCACUAUGUUGUUCCUUAUUCAAUUCCAGUGAGUAAAUUAUAUA